UCCCAUUGUGUCGAAACUAGUCCCGGUGAAGUGAGGUCUUAAAAUGUGGAAAGUAUUUGUGCCGCUGGCAGUGUUUGUGAUAGCUUCAUCGGCAUGUCCGCUGGAAGUUGCAAGUAUUCGCGAGUUCGAUAGUUACCGCCUUCCGAAUAAAACCAUCCCAACGCACUAUGAUCUGUAUCUGGAUACAAACGUACACCUGGAUGAUUUGGAUUACAGUGGUAAUGUGAAGAUCAGAAUUCUAGUGCUGGAGAGCACAUCGGAGAUCGUGCUCCAUAGUACGCGUAGUAUCAUUGUAAAUUUGGAGUUACGCAACAACGAUCAGUUGCCGAUUGCUUUGAAGGGUUUCGACUUUGAUGCGGAUAAACAGUUCUUGAUCGUUGAUACGAAGGAAAUUCUGCCAGCUGGAUCCAGCUACGUAUUGGACAUUGAUUUCUCCAACAGCCUCGACCGUACUGAUGCCGCCGGGUUCUACCGAUCGUCCUACGUCAACUCAGAGGGUGUCACCAAGUACCUUGGCCUGACACAGUUCGAGUCGACCGAUGCGCGAUCGGCUUUCCCUUGCUACGAUGAACCGGGGAUCAAGACUACCUACAGCGUGCAGAUCGCCUGCGGCGUAGAGUACACCGCUAGGGCCAACGCCCCAGCUCUAGGAAUUCAGCUUUUACCCGGAGGUAAGAAGCUUACCACAUUCCAAACGACCCCACGAAUGCAGACCUACCUGGUGGCAUUCCUGGUUUCGGACUUCGCCAGCGAACGUCAGGUCGUGUCCCAGCCUCACCAGAUUGCCGUCUCCACGUUUGCUCGACCAACCGCCAGCCACCUGCUGACGUACUCCGUGGACGCUUCGGUGCGGUUCCUGCGGGAGCUGGAGAUCUACUUCGACCAAACGUACGCCAUGUCCAAGAUCGAUAACGCAGCCAUCGCCAACGUUGACUUCGCUGCCGGUGCCAUGGAGAACUGGGGUCUGGUGACGUACCGCGAGUCGACCAUUCUGUUCGAUCCGGAAACCCAGGGCGAAAGCCAACAACUUUCCGUCGUUGGAAUCGUGGGGCACGAAUAUGCCCAUCAGUUCUUUGGCAAUCUGUUGGCGCCGCAGUGGUGGUCAUACCUCUGGCUGAACGAGGGCUUCGCUCGGCUUUACCAGUACUACGUGUCGGAGUUCAGUCACCCGGAGUUGAAUAUGCGCGAUCGCUUCGCAUCUGUACGGGAAGGUGCUUUGAGCACCGAUGCCAGCGCAACGGUUCGUCCGAUGACUCACUACGUGGAAACUCGGGGGGAAAUCAGCAGACUGUUCGAUAACAUUGCAUACGCCAAAGGUAAGAUCAAAGCUCGAACAUAAUUCAUAAUAACCCUCUAUAAAUAGGUAUCCUUUAAGGAGAAACUUCAGAGAACACAAACAUGGCUGCCACAUUGGCCGACUUGAUCCCCUACUCACGUUUUCAAGAGCACCAAUCUUGAAAAAUUGUAAACAAAUACUCUCGAUUUGGAAAAGGUGCCUCUUUUUGCAAGUGAGCAAAACCAGGAUUAACAAGUGCGGCUUGGUUUGAUGCUUCGUUUGUCAGAUUUGUGCCUCUAAAGUUUGUAUCCAAAAUUGCAAUGGGAUUUCUUAAAGUUUCACCUUAAUCGGUCCGUUUUAUGUACUUGUAGUCCAAUCCCGAUGCGUGACUCAAACAUGUUCUUUCAUCAUUCUUGCACAGAAAAACAGACAUAAUACUUUUCAGAACAGCUUGGCGCAUGCAUUUAACGAUCAAUUCAAAUUUCAUUUGAUUUCCAGGAUUCUUCCACCAGAGGCAGUAUUCGAUUGCUUUGACGUUUGCCAGUGUACACGUUGCUGAAUGAUGCAUACGAAAAUUACAAGCGAUUUAUGUAGUAGUGUGCGUGCUAGAUAAACGUCAAAUCGAAAUUCAUCAUGGCCGACAGCGUCUCGCGCGGUUCUACCAACAGAUGGCAGUGUGCUUCAGCAAAAUACAACGGUCAAAAGUGUUUGAUGAUUUUCCUCUAAGAGUUUUGUCUGUUUGUCUGUGGUGUAAUUAUGUGCAUCAUACGCCCUCUGAAUUCAAGCAUUUCUUUCGAUCUGUGAUCAUUGAAAUGGAUUUCUCACCAAGGAGAUUAUGUCUUGCCUAACAACAACCAUGAAUCACGAACUACAGACAAACAGACGUAACUCUUAGAGAAAAUUCAUCAAAAACUGGUGUCUUUUGCAUGAGCACACUGCCAUCUAUUGGUAGAACCGCGCAAGACACUGUCGGCCAUAAUGAAUUUCGAGUUGACGGUUAUCUAACUCGCACAAAUCGCCUGUAAGUUUCGUUUGCAUCAUUCAGCAACGUGUACACUGGCAAACGUCAAAGCAAUCUAACACUAGCGCCUCUGGUGAAAGAAUUGCGGAAAUCAAAUGAUAUUUGAAUUGCUCGUCAAAUGCAUGUGCCAAGCCGUUCUGAAAAGUGUUAUGUCUGUUUGUCUGUGAUUACACCGUGGGAUUAAACAGAGAGCACAUACAGUGUCGGACAAAACAAUAAGACCACCGGUCCUAUUUCAUACAAAAUGGUCAAGUUUGACGAUAUGGUACUCGGUUUCUAGUGAACCGAUUUGGCUGAAAUUUUGGCAGCCGAAAUAUAUUUACGGGAAUUUUGAUUUAAAUUAAAUUGAUUGAGUUCUGUUCACCACUUCCAAAGUUACAGAUAUCCGGUGCGACAAAAUUCUGACACCAAAUUUUUAUGAUGGAUAUUUGUGGUCAAUUAAAUAAAAAUGUCCCCAAGUUUAAAUGGCACCCGUAAUCUUAGUACUUGUUUAUCAAUCAUCAAGUAUCAGAUACUCUCAUAUAUCAUUUGAUAAUGGCAAUCUGAAAGUGGUCCUAUUAUUUUGUCGUUUCGUAUAUCUGUAACUUUUGAUGUAGUGAGCAGAACUCACUCAAUUAAAUACAAAUCAAAAUUCACGUAACUCCAUGGCGACUGUCAAAAUUUCAGCCAAAUCGGUUCACAAUAAACUGAGCAACACAUCGUCAAACUUGACCAUUUUGUAUGAAAAAUGACUGGUGGUCUUAUUGUUUUGUCCGACACUGUAUCAUGUUAAUUAAAUUAAUAAAUUAUCAAGAAAACUCCCAUUAUGUGCCAUGCAAUUCAGCAUGGCUCAGUAAAAAAGUGAAUUCAUAACGUAUAAAACCAAUUUUCAUGAGGUAUCAUUUAAAUUUGGACUGGGAUUGCUCACAUGAUUUUUAAUAUCAACUCAA